AUGAGCUACGGCUUCUCCAGCGCCGUCUUCCCAGGCUGCUACUGGGGCAGCUACGGCUACCCGCUGGGCUACAGCGUGGGCUGUGGCUACGGUAGCACCUACUCCCCAGUGGGCUACGGCUUCGGCUAUGGCUACAACGGCUCCGGGGCCUUCGGUUACCGAAGAUUCUGGCCAUAUGCUCUCUACUGA